AUGCGUGUAACUAAUGGUUGCCAAUUGAUAUGUUUAUUAACAUUUGAAGUAUUAUCACAAUUAGCAAUAAAACACAUAAAAUAAAAGAUUAUUGUGCACAAUGAAAUGUAUAAAAACCUUGUAUAACUUANUAUUACAUAAUAAUGGAGUUGUGUUCCAAUAGUCUUACGAAAAUUCUUGAACACAAACCACAAGUAUUUCACCGAAAACCUGAAGAACUCAUGAAUUCAAUCGAGUUUUACAUUUCGUGUCAUAUAUUCAAAGAGCUCUUAGAGUGCGUCCAGUAUUUGCAUCAAUUGGAUCCACCGGUCAUUCACCGGGACCUCAAACCCGACAAUAUAUUAGUGGCACAAAACGUCACAAAUGGGCGGUAUUUUAAACUGGGUGACUUUGGUUUGGCGACAGUACACGACCGGAAUAUCCAUUCAAUGACUAAUAAUAAGCAUACGGGAGAUGUCGGCGACACUAGAUAUCAGGCGCCAGAAGUGGCUUAUUGUGCAAAAUAUGACCACAGGGUAGACAUCUAUAGUCUGUCCAAAAUCGGUGAAGAAAUCUUUGGUUUGAAUUUCAAUGACAAACUCACUAAUAACGAAGUUCUAGGUAAACGUGUUCUUAAAUUACAAGACUUACUACAAUCCAUGUCAUACUAUAACUGGGAUCACCCGCACAAACCCGGCCCUCACUGGACAGACAGACCCGAGUGCUCACAAUAUGGCCCCAAAUGGCUCCGGUGUGCUGAGUAG